GCAAGGGCGUGGUCAAGCGUGGCGGGGAAGGGAACAAGCCCCCCAAGGUCCCCAGAGCGCAGCUGCGGUGCCCUGGCGCUGCACCCCGGAGCUCGGCUCAGAGGCCCUCGGUAGGCGCCGGUGCCAGCUGAGGUUGAGUGCUCGCGCUUGCGCCGGAAGGUUGUUGCUGUCACCAGGGAGAACAGCUGCACCUGAACAUCAGGCCACCACACCGAAUCCGAGAGAGAAUCUGUCUUUCUCCACCAUGGCAGGUAAGAAGGUGCUCAUCGUCUACGCGCACCAAGAGCCCAGGUCUUUCAACGCCACCCUGAAGAAUGUGGCCGUGGAGGAGCUGAGCAAGCAGGGCUGCUCCGUCACCGUGUCUGACCUGUACGCCAUGGGCUUCGAGCCGAGGGCCACCAGGAUCGACAUCACCGGUUCUCUGUCAAAUCCUGAGAGCUUCAAUUAUGGGGUGGAGACUCACGAAGCCUUCAAGAAGGGGACCCUGAGCAGCGACAUUGUUGCAGAACAGAAAAAGGUGCAGGAAGCUGAUCUAGUGAUAUUUCAGUUCCCGCUCUACUGGUUCAGUGUGCCGGCCAUCAUGAAGGGCUGGAUGGACAGGGUGCUGUGCCAAGGCUUCGCUUUCGACAUCCCGGAGUUCUACGACUCCGGGCUCCUCAAGAAGAAAUUAGCCCUCCUUUCCUUAACCACGGGAGGCGUAGCCAGCAUGUACACCAAAGCGGGUGCCAACGGGGACUUUCGCUACUUUCUGUGGCCCCUCCAGCAUGGCACGCUGCACUUCUGUGGAUUUAAAGUCCUCGCCCCCCAGGUCAGUUUUGCUCCUGAGUAUUCGUCGGAAGAGGAAAGAAAAGCAAUGGUGGCCUCAUGGGCCCAGCGGCUGAAGAGCUUGUGGCAGGAAAAACCCAUCCAGUGCUUGCCACCGUGGUACUUCGAGCAGUGACCCCAUGCACGAGCGCAUUGCUGAGACCCACGCAUCGCAGAGCAGGGUUGCUGCAGAGACCCAGAACUACUUCCUGCUGCCCAGGAGUGAGGCCAGCCGGGUCACACUGUCCAGAACAGUGCUCGUGUUCAUGGUUUCUACUGACGAUCCUUGUUCAGCUGGGUUUCCAUCUCUCUAGUGUUUUGUCUAGUAUCUGUCUAUUUUCAGUCUUCCUGGCAGUUUUAAUUUCCAGAGAGUCCUCUGCAAGUGGAGCUAGCUUCAUUCUUUGUUUGUUAGAUUUUAUUUCGUAGCUCAACUUGAGAGUCUGUAUUUUUGCUGCAAAGUUUAAUCCAUUGGAAGCUAAUGUUUUAGUUCUGUUGGUACUUGAUUUUUAUCUUUUUUCUCUUUAUGCUUGCGUUAUGACUGUGAAGUGUCCAUUGGACAGCCAGUUACCAUGUGUUUAAGAUCAUUUGGUACUAGUUACAGUGAACCUUUCAGUGCCUUAGCCUGGUGGCCUCCUGUCACUGUGUGCAUGGUCCUGGAACACGACCAUCAGUCCCCGGUGGUGUUGGUGUGUGUCGCUGUGGGAUUCUCCCUGAGUGCAAGUGUGAGAGAUCGGAUUCCACCACCACCCGCAUCCUCACCUGGCAUCCUCAGCGUCCUCCCCCUCACUAUCACCACUGCAGAGGACAGAGCUGCCACCAGUGCCCAGGGACCUUCCUUAGCAUCCCAGCACCCCCACAGAGCCCCCAGACUCCCCACACAGCUUCCCCACACAGCUUCCCCACACAGCUUCCUGUUGGCAUCACCAUCUCCACACCCCCUUGCGCCCGCGUCUCCUGCAUCUUCCUUUCCCCUGGACCCUCCACUGCUCUUCAGCAGCACCUUCAGCCCUUCUCCAGCUGCAUGUCCUUCGUUCACUUUGGAAAGGUUCAUUUAGCUCACAGUUUGUGGAGAUUUCAGUCCAUAAUCAGCUGGCUCCAAGGUAGGUGGCGUGGCAGAGGGACAACACUUCAAGGCAGCAGCCAGAGGAAGUAAGGAGAGCACAACCCCCUCCUCCCUUAUAUCGUACACAGGGCAUCCUCUUCCUCCAGGGCAGUGAGCCCUCCUCUUGCACAGGCUGAGGAUAUUUACAAAGUAAGGAUCCUGGCUCCCUGCUGAGUCUCCCAGUUAAUAAACUUCUCAAGUUAAGGCAAUGUAUCAGCCUUAACAGUAAUCAAAGCUGUUGCCAGAUGCACCUUUUCUUCCGCAUCUUCUCUAGCGCUUUCUCAGAGAUGUUUUCUUCCCACUCUUGCGCAGGGCUGUUUUUCUGUAAUCCUUUUUGGUCCCUUCUUAGGCUCUUCCUGUUAUUUGUCCUCAGGUGAUCUCUCCAGUACACCUUUUUUUUUUUAAGGCCCUAUUAUGGCACUGUCUUCUGGAGAACUCUUUUUGCGGUCCACCUUCUUGAGUUUAGUUCAGAAACACUUGUUUCAGAAUCCCCUCCCCGCAAUUCUUCAAGCAUCUUUUUCCAAGUUCUGUAAACACUCAGACCAGGGCUGGGGGAUUUAGCUCUGUGGCCUAAGCACCUGCCUCGCAAGCAUGAGGUCAUGAGUUAGAUGCCCAGUACCAAAGAUAAAAAAGUAAUCACUCAGACUUCCAUCCUCGACAGGCAGGACACACAGUAGAAGUGCCUUACUUUAGAAAGCCCUGCCCUGGGGCUGGGGAUUUAGCUCAGUGGCAUAAGCACCUGCCUUGGAAGCAGGUGGUAGUGAGUUCGAUCCCUGGUACCGAUAAAAAUGAAAAAGAAAGAAAGCCCUGCCCUUCAUGAAGCAGAGAUGACCUUGGGACAUAGCCAGUGCAUUCCGGCUCCAGAGUAUGAAAGGAGGCUCGCAGCCCCUCCAGCCCUGUCCCCUUUGACCCAUCCUGUGCUGGAGGGGUUCCCAGCCUCCAGACCACUUUGCAUCAGAGCUUUGAGGUGACCGCUGCCGCCAUCCAGGUGUCUUUCAGAGAACGCGCCUCCUUGUUGGCCCAGAGCUCUGGUGCCUGUUCCAGGAGGCGCUGGCACACAUCCGUUAGAGGGUGGGCUGCACCCUUGUGCACGCCGCCCACGUCGCAGGCUGCAGAGCACAGCUGCCAGCAGGACUCCCACACUCCCGUGCAGGGACUUAUGUGUCUCUAAGCAGCGGGUAGAACAAAUGGGCUUCUGCCCAGCUGGACACUUUCAGUGUUUGUUGCUUGUUCUGUAGUUUCUCCCCUGCUCCAGUGCUUCCAGAAACUGGUGCCCACUCUUCACAGGGAUCAAAGGCUCAGUGGACGGGUGGGGGAGGAAGUGCCCUGUGGGGGUCUCCCUUCUUUCCACUGGCCCACGAAUGCAUUGGGCAGCACAGCUUCCCUGCUUGUCCCUUGCUCAGCAGGCUGCAGCCGUGGAAGGUUGGUAGGUGGACAGCAGCACCCCUUUAAGAGGCUUAUCCUGGGGUCCUUUGAGUAGGAAGCCCUGUACCCUCCCUCCCCAGCUCCUGAGUGUCAGGGUGAGAAGGAGGACAUCUCGCUGCUCUCCCAGCUUUCUGGAGCCCCGUUGCCCUGACAUAACAUCAGACUUAGCCUCCUGUAUGCCAAGGUCAAGUGGGUUGUCUUGCCGGCAAGCAGUUUUAAGAGCUGGGACCUUGACUGGGUCCUAUUAGCUCUCUCCACCAAUCGUUGGUUUUUAAAAUCUCAUUGUAGUGAAACAAAAAUAAACCCACCAUCACCCGGGUAGCAAGAACUACCACUGAGAAUAAAGGGAAUGACUGCAGCCUGGCCCCAUUUCUCUUAGGAGCCCAAGCCCUUGUGAUUUUGCAGAAGUGUCUUUGGCUGUGCAGUGAGGUCUUUGAGCCUCUGAGAGGAGUUGUUAACAAAGAGGAAGGACAUGUAUGUUGCUCAAUUUUAGAGUGCGUCAGGAGUUGGGGGAAAUUCUGGCAGCUCCAGAGCAUCGUCGGUGCCUUGUACCCAGAGAAGAUGAGGCAGACAUGAAUGUCGGGAUGGGGGGGAAAUGUGUACUGAAUCAUGUAAGCUUUAGUUAUUUUUUCUCAUUGCUGAGACAAAAUACCCUACAGUCCAGGUAGGAGGAGAGGCUUAUUGAGCUCACAGUUUGUGGAGGUUUUUGUCUGUAAUCGGCUGGCUGUAAGGCAGCGAGGCAGAGGGGCAAGUGUUCAUGGUUGCAGAAGAGAGGAUGGAAGAACACACCUCUUUCUGUGCCUUAGAUUGUAUCCAGUACACUGGGACUAGAGCCAUGCCAAUCUGAUCAGUGACUUGAUCCAGCAGUCACCCACCCUUAAUCCCAACACCCUUAAUCCCAGCAUUGAACCAUGAAUCAAUCACAAACUAGAUGCAGCCACCUCCCAAAAAGCCCCAUCUAAAAGUGCUUGAGGCUUUGAGGGGACUCCAGACACAAACCAUAACAAUUUACUAACACACAACGCUCCCAGCUGCUUGUUCCAUGACAAUGUACUGAAAAUAAAGUUUAUCAGAAUCAA